CACGUGAUCAUGCGCUUUUAACCUCAAGUGCUUUCAACAUUCUUGACGUCGAGCUUAGUUCAAGCAUACACGAACAAUCAGCGCCAGGAUUAACAUGCAGAGCCGUGCUUUGCUCAAGCGAAGGAAACUUGGGUGACGCAAGACUGGAGAGGAACAUGGCCCUUUAAGAAACAUGGGUUGACGUAGCGGAAUGCUCGAUCAUGUAAGAGGGAGAAGACCGUAUUUCCCGCCAAAGACCUCGACUUUCCACGCAGAACGUACGCAAAACAAGGAAUCGCCAGUACUCGUCGUGAGAGCUAGCCACAACAAGUAAUGGUGAAGUUGCAAUAGUAGCCGAGAAAUCAUUGGCGCCCAGAUUGGGGGCCGCAACACCCAUUUUCCCUACAAAACGAAAGGCGUCUGCCUUGAAUGUACAGCCUUAUUUAGCAGACUAAAACGUCAAGCCGGUGAACCGGCAUUGAAUCUUUGAUUCUCUCUACCUAAACUACUAACUCGACAUAACAACAUCUAUAACAUCAAACCACAAGCACCAAACCCCCCUUCUUCCCCGUCUAAACCAUCAACCCCAAAAAAGCUACAAUACUCGCCAUGGAUCCUAAAAUAACCACACCAAUCUACCCCACAAGAAACUCCAUCCCAGACCCGCGAGCCCCCAUCGAUUUCAGCGGAAAAUACCCCCACGAACCCUCCCUAGAAAUCUACCCCCACCAACAGCAAAUCCCGCUCCCCCACGAAAACGACGCAGAAGAAGACUGGAACUCCAAAGCGCGAGUCUGGCAAAGAAUCUCCCCUUUCCCUUCCUCUUCUUCUUCCCCUGAAAAGCAAGAUCAGCAGCAACAGCAACAAUGGCAAGAAAUCUCCAACCCGCGGCCGCGAAAACUAUGGAAACUAGGCGUUGCGUGCAGACGGCCUCGGUUCGCGGAUUACGUGGAGAAGACGGGUCGUUGGUAUUGUUCUAGUGAGCUGUGGCGCGGUUUGCUGCAUGUGGUUCCGCUCGCGUUCCCGGAUCGGUUUGCGCGUUGGGGGGUUUAUGUUUGUCCGGUUGAAGAGAGUGGGGAUGUGGAUGGUCGAGGAGGAGAGGCGUAUACGAUCUAUGGAAUCAAUUACGCUACGCGAGGGAGAUGUGGGUUGAUAUUGGAGAAUGUGUGGCCGACGAAGGAAGGAGGGGUGUGGAAGAGUAAACUGGGGGUUCGGGAGUUUGAUGUUUGUACGCGGUUUGGGGAGGUAGAGGCUUGUUUUGCGGAGGAGGAGUUUGUGCUUAUAGCGCAAACCUUCCACACAAUCCAAACCCUCGGCGGCAAAAUAACCCACGACAUCUUCAACCUCUCGUCCCAGCAAUUCGCAGAGCAACUCCACGCCUUCUUCAAACCGCACGACCCGCGAAAGCGGAGGCACCACGGCCACGACUGCGCUGACUUCUCUACCACCUCGUCUGAUCCCCCUUGCACAACCCCCUUCACAAUACCCUCCUUCACCAACUCAUCCUCCUCCCUCGCCCAAAAAGCCCUCGAAAUGCGCACACACAAUCCCCCCUUUUCAUUCCCCGCUCCUCCAUCUCCACUGGCAACGCAUUUCUGGACAGCCCUGCACAUACUAAUGCAGCACAACAUCAACCGCACGCUAUACAACAAAUCCUGGCUCACAGGCUCGCCAUCCUCCCUCGAAGAAUGGCUCCCGCUGCUGACAUUCCCCUUACCGCACAUGAUAUACUUCUUGUCUGUGCUCGUGGAAUUCUGCCUGCCUAGUCAUAUAGCGGCAUGGAACCCCACUAAUGAGACGGUUAAAGGGAUAGUGGAGAUACUGCAUGUGCUGAGCUUCGCGCAACUCGGUGGUUAUGUAGCGCACUACCUUUUGGACCGCAGUUUGACGAUUACAAAUGUUGUGAGGUAUUUCUUCCGGUCUUGGCGGCUGGGGGGUUAUUUUUUCGUCGUGGCGGUAGGGGUCGCGUUGGUGCUGGCGUAUGUCGCUACGCAGUCGUUGGUGGCGACGUAUGUGUUCACGAUCCUGGGGUUGACGCCGCUGUGGGAGUUUUUGUCCACGCAGAUGGGGAUAGCGUGGGUGCAGAGUCAGAGGGAGGGAAUGAUUGAGAGGGAGGCGGUGAGGUGGAAUGUCAUGUUUUGGUAUCAGGGGAUGCAUUGGGGGCAUUGCUCGCAUGAGUUUAAGAGGGACAAGUAUUUUGAUUCACGGUUACGUGAGGACUGA